AUAUUAGCUUAUUUCAAAGAAUAUACUGAUUGGUCGCUCAUCUCAUUUUUAAAGUUUAGAAAAGACCUCGAUAACUUCACAGGUGAUAAAGCUACUGAACAUUUUAAUUACAGGACAGCACUCGAAAGAAUUAUUUUGUUGGAUGCAUCAAAUCACAUUAAAGCUAAGGAGAGUCUCUUUAGAUUUGAAUGGGGUCCGCCUCCCUCCAAAUAUAUAUCUGUGUACAUAUUGCUCCAUGUUGCUACUAGGGGGUCCGCCUCACUGGGAGAGAAAUCAUCCAAGUCUGUAGAGAAAUUUUGGACAACUACUAAAAUGGAAUCUAUCAAGUUGAAUUAUUCUAUGUACGCGUUGGAUCAAACCAUUCAUGAAAAAAAAGAGAUACACUCAAUUAUAACUGAUGGUACAAUAGCUGACAUUAAUCAAGUAUAUCAAUGCAAAGAAAAUUCAAGUUACCAGAAUAAUAAUUUUGAUGAGAGUCCGAUGUAUGAUGAUCAUGAUGAAAGUUAUGAGAUAGAUAAUUUCUUUAAAAGUCCUUCCGAAAAAAAAUCGUCCACUCUGUUUUUGCAAAAAAAGGACAACUCAGCCAAGAGACAGCAGAAAUCAAGCAAUGAACGGGGUUCCAACGAAGCGGAUGACGAGAAAGACAAGGUCGAGUCUGAAGCAUGCGACUCCAUUUUUAUAUCCGAAGAAAAUGAUGAUUCAGGAUUUUUUUCCUUAGGUUCACAACCCAUAUCCUUCUGUGAUACCGAAGGUCUUGCAAAUUUGAAGUUUACUACUACUAAAGUUCAAGAACUACCUGGAAGAAACAAGGAUGAAAUCCAAAAAACAAUUACAGAUGGUUCCGAAAAUAAACCGUUUUUAGUAUCUGAGGAAGAG